AAACCUUUUGCAAUAAACAGUUUAAAUGUGGCACCCUACACCACUGAUGCCAAAUGCAUUUUCCCUGUGUUGUGUUGGAAGUGGGUUUGGGGUGUUUUAACAUGAUGUAAAUCCUAACUGAAAAGCCCCUCUUUUUCAGAGGCUGUCUCCCAGCCUGAGGUACACUCGACCUGUCUGUCCCAAGGGGAGGUGCUGCUGGUCUGCACAGUGUAUAAAGGGGAUAAUGUUUCAUUUAACUGGAGUUUAGAUGGAGUGCCGCUGAAUCCCAGCCUUGCUUACUUUAGUGAUGAAGAAUAUGUUGUAAUAUUGAAGAAGCAUGUCUCAGGUAAUCUUGUCUGCAUUGCUACAAACCAAGUCAGCACAAACCAGAGCGACUCUGUGAUACCAAACUGCUCAGGUAGGAAAAAUAAACAUGUUAUUUGUCUUGCCUUGCUUUAUAUAGAGCUGCCUUGUUGUUUCUAUAUCAGACACAUCAACAAUUAUUAAGAAAUUAAAAACAGUGUAUAGGUAGUAGACAUUUUAGGACCUUGUUAUUUUUUAAGAAUCAAACACAGUGUGCCUACUUUUGAGAUACAAAACCAUUAAAAGAAAUGUAUACAUAAACAGAUAAUGCUUCAUUAACUGCAGUUUAGAUGGAGUGCUGCUAUAUACCAACCUUGCUUAUUUCAGUGAUAAAGAACACAUUGUAAUAAUGAAGAAAAUGUCACUGGAGUUCUUCUCUGCAUUGCUAAAAACCAAAUCAAUGAAGAGCAGAGUGACUGACUCUGUGAAGUCAAACUGCUCAGGUUCUGAACCCAAGAUGAAUCUGACAUCCACACCCAAUCUAGUAACCCACUUCCAUUGCACCCUGAAGAAUGGGACAGUUAUCAUAUUAUCUGGGGACAAAGCAGGAGGGGCUUUUCAGUUCUUAAUCAAUAAGAGCAUAAUAAUAACAAACUAUACACAUGGGAUUGCAUUUUGCAGUCUACAAACCUGCUCUUCAAAUUGCUCUGGUAAUUUAACCACAAAGCCUGGUGAUGCCAGUAAUGCAGAGGAUGCCGAUAUUCUUAAAUAUGUCCUUGGUGGAAGUGCUCUUCUUGUGAUCGUCAUGCUUUCAUUUACACUCUUGUGCAUGUGUAAGAAUAAAAAAAGGAAGGAGAAUGCCCAUUCGGUGAUUACACAAAACAGGAGUGAUGAACAGCAAGCUUCCCUAUCCACAAUGAUACCAGAGACUGCAAGCACAGCAAUCCAAGAUGACCAACUUUAUACUCAGGUUAUUAAAAAAGGUGGAAAAAAGAAAUCCAAAUGCAAGCCUAAAGAGGACAGUGAGCUGGUUUAUGCCCAGGUUGUUAUAAAAGAGAAGAAGAAGAAACCUAUUCAUGACGAAUCUGUGGAUUAUGAUGAAGUUAAGGAGAAAGACAAGAAUAAUCAACAACAGGAUGACAGCGUGGUUUAUGCUGCUAUUAACAAACAAAGAAAUAUAUAAUUGAAGGCAUUGUUUGGUACUGUAUUUAUAUAUAUACAUAUAUAUAUAUAUAUAUAUAUAUAUAUAUAUAUAUAUAUAUAUAUAUAUAUAUAUAUAUACAGUAUAUAAAUGAACCGUAUUGCGCUACAGGUGUUCUCCAGCAAAAGCAUUAUUCAGAAAGUCUAUAUCAUUAUCCUCAAUUAGGUGCUGCCAAGCGGAAUAAACAUACAUCCAAUUUCUUGCACGUGCAAAGAACAAAUUUAUAGCACACACAAAAUAUUAAUAUAUAAUAAUUUCUUUAUCAUAUUUAUUUUUUAAAAAGGCAUAGCAUUCUUCCGGUUUUGGCACAAAUGUGCAUUCAUCAGAAUAGCACAUCAAACUGGAUUACAUCCCUUUCCUAUAGCAGAGUUCUUCCCUGUAUGUAUUUUAGCACUUUAGAAUUUUAGUGGUUUAAUUAUGAAAUUGUAUUAAUGACCAGAAGCUGAUCAUUUGUGAUUAAUUAUGGAUGAUUGAUAAAUGUUUGUAUAUCACAUUAAUUAAGUUAAUGUGAUAGUUGCGGUUUGAAAAACUGUUUCUGACUUGUUAAUUGGAACUAAUAUAGAACUCCUGAGUGAAUUUGAUCAACUAUCCUAAUGAAGGCACACAUGUGCCGAAACCAUUGUUAACCAUUUGUUAAGUCUGUUUUAAGUUGCUUGGCUUUAAGUUUAGGAGCCUCUAUUCAGUUCUAGUUGACAUAAGCAUUAGCCCUGCUAAUUUUUUUUUGCUUUUUACAUGUAAAGUUUUUCAUCUAAAAUAUGCUAAGCAAUUGCAUUAGGUGUACUAAU